AUGGAAAGGAUUCCAGAUGUGAGUUCAGAUGAAGUGCGUGAAGAAGAGCUAUCGGUAGGUGGGGUGGGGGGAGGAGGGCAGGGGUCGCUUUUAUUACACUCCGAUUAUGAAGUAGCCAGUUGUCUCGAUUGUGACCCCUCUCCUGACCUCAGCUUUCAGACCUCGGGGACCCACGACUAUCAACGCGGCGGCAGUUGGCAGUUGUUCUCUGUGAAUUUGGUAAAGGUGAGUGACCUACUUCCCCACUUUAUGUUUUGUUUUAUAUUUUAUUUUUAUCGUCGGUUAUAAUGCUUGAGGCCGGCUUCGAACAGGUGACGGCAAUUAUCCGAAAUUUGUUAUGAGAUCGUGAGCAGAUUCGCUCGGUUUUUAAUUUUUAGGUCUUUAAUUAAUCUAUUUUUGUUUUGGUUAUGAAUUAGCUUGAUUUUCGUCUUCCAACCGAUCUUGUUUUAGUCAUUGGAAUACGGAUUUGGCAUCGGGAUCUCUGGAGGUAGAGACAAUCCCAAUCUAGUACGACUCAACGACUACUCGGACCUUGUUAUCACUGAUCCCUCUAUCAUCGUCACAGACGUCCUGCCUCGAGGGCCUGCGGUCAACUUGAUCAGGUAGGUCACAAAUAUUGCAUACAUCAUAAAGUAUAUUUAUCACGCUUAUCUGGGCAAGAAAUCAAUAUCCUCAAUAAAACACAAAGGCAUACCUAUUUCAAAGGCAUUUCUAAACGCUUUUUAACUAAAAUACCUCUAAGAACUCUUUAAAAUUGUACUCAAACCUCAAAAUAUAUAAAAAGUUCAUGUUCAAUACAUUCAAACUCUCAACAUAUGAGAUUUUCAGGACGAAAGAUCGAAUCGUAGCAGUUAACGGCAUAUCUCUAGAGAAUGUUGACUACAACACGGCUGUCAGUGUGAUGAAGAGCUCCGACCAGUUGAAUAUGAUCAUAAAACGACGGGUACCCGUGCCAUACCUCGAGUAUGAGCAGCGAACGUUGAAGUUCACGUUGUCCAAGUCGCGGAAGAAGGACGACUUUGGCAUUGUGCUCGGAUGCAAGUUCUACAUUAAGGAAAUCAACAAUCCCAAGCUGGCGGAGAAGGAACCGGGCCUCAAGGAGAACGACAACGUCAUCAGAAUCAACGGACAACUUCUGGAAGGUCUGAGUCUGGAAGACGCUUCACGGCUUCUGCAACGAUCUCGAGAGAAGUUGUCAUUGGUUGUGCAGAGAGAUGUCAGGAGAGGAACGGCCGGGUCACGGUGGCCGAGCCAGACCACGGUAAGCGAGAAUCAUAAUUUUAGUAUAUUUCUAAAAAAAAUAUUUUAAUUUUUUAAAUCAAGUGUUAUAAAUAGUUUUUGAAAAAUUGUUAAAUAAAACGGAAACAAUCGGCAACCUAACAUAAUAUAUUAUAAUACAUAUACAUAACAUACCUCAUUCCAGGUGUACGAACGCCUAGGAAGUGUACCAAUAACACCUCGCCAAAGCCCCAUUCCCACAUCGUGCCUUCCAGAAGCCCACAUGUCGAGGAAAGAAGACAUGGAGCUGUCCAAAAGGUAUUCAGAGCCGAUCGGAUCAGAAUUCUUCAACCAGAAUCUGAUUCCUCACACGAAUCCUUUUCCGACUCGAGGCAGGACUACUUCACAAACGCCUUCAGCGUGCUCGUCACCUCGACUCAAUCACUUCCCCGUAGCACCUCAAGCUUCUUCUGUAGUCACUGAGUCUUCCACAGAGACCGUCAGAUUCCAGAAGUCAGAAGGAUCGUCGUUGGGGAUUCGAGUGAUCGGAGGAAAUCAGGUCGGAAUCUUUGUUUCGGCCGUCCAGGAAGAUUCUCCAGCAGCCAAAAAUGGCUUACGGUAAGAAAAAAAAAAUUUGUUGAGUCAAGUGUUGUAUUUUGCGUGAGUCAAGUGUUUUUCUCACAAAAUUAUGAAUAAUUUUGUGAAAAAGUCUCAAAAUUUAAAAAAAGGCCUAAAAACUAAAGGAGAAAAGAGUUUUUUAAACUAAUUGAUGUAAUAUGUACUGUACUAUGACAUUUUUAGGAUCGGAUGUCGUUUGAACGAAGUGAAUGGACAAAGCUUCAAGAACAAGACGAGGGAAGAAGCCGUGGAGAUGUUGAUGAAUCUGGGCGACAAUGUUGUUAUAAAAUACGAAAAUAGCUCGGAAAACUUUUAUCUUGUUAAAAAUUAUCAAUUGGGUGAUAGCUUCUAUAUCAGGUAAGCUGAAAGAUAUUGUUGUUGUCUGAUCAGAUAUAAGAUUUGUAUUCUGUAUCUAUUAAUAUUGCUGCAAUACCUAUUUUAUUGCAGGACUUUGUUUUCUCACCUAAAGAAAACAGUUCGAAACGAGAUUUGUUUUUCUGAAGGUGACAUCUUCCAUGUCACUGAUACCUUACACAAUGGCUCUGUAGGUAUGUGGCAAGUUCAGAAGGUAUACUCUUCGCUGGAUUAUGAUCAGAAGCCGGAGGAGGUCCAAGGUGUUAUACCUAACGCUAGAACGUAAGUUGUAUUCACAUAAUCGUAGUUAUUUGCAUUGUAGUAACUAUUAUUUUAACAUAUAUACUUCUGACAGUGUUUAAUUUUUAAAAGUUUAACUUACAUUUGUCAUUCCAGAGCCGAAACCUUGUCCAAACAGGAAGGAGGUGACUACUCUACUCUUGGCCGAACCCUCUUCCGAAAGCGAAUGGGGCCAAGGAAGUCGAAGCCGGGUGAUGCUCAGACCAAAGCCGAACUAGGCUUGCCUCCUUAUGAACGAGUUGUCCUCAAGAAGCCAGCCUUCAAACGGCCUUUGGUCAUUUACGGUCCGCUAGCCGACGUUGCUCGACAGCUCUUGUUGUCUAACUUCAGGCCCUACUUCCAGUCGGUCGACGAAGACAAUCCGAUCAGGAUAGCUGACAUCAACCGGGUGAUAGAGGCCGACAAACAUUGUGUUCUCAACAUUGGACCGUGCUCUGUCGAGAAGCUACAGGCCGCUCAAUACGCUCCCAUCGUGAUUCUGAUCGACGUCGACUCCAGAAGUCGGAUUCGUGAGCUCCGAUCGAAGGCUGGAGUCACGACCAGUUCAGCUAGGAAGCUACUCGACCAGUCGGCCAAGAUCAAGAAGCACUACCCUCAUCUUCUGACGGCGACGUUGGAUGCCCUGAAGGAAGACGGCUGGUUCGAUGCGUUGAGAAUGCUGAUCGCUCACCUACAGGACAGAAGGGUCUGGAUACCUGAAGUCGCCCACUUUCCGGCCAACGAAGUUAUUUUGUUUCCAAUGCCUUCUGAUCAAGAUGACAUUUCUCGAAGCGACUACGGUGUUUUGGGAUCCAAAAGUCCCUCUGAUUCGCCAGCCAUGCAGUCUUCGUUGACUUCCACUCCGAUGUCAGGGCAUCACAACUUUGUCUACAUUGGGGACAACAACUUGAAUCAGGAAUCCAAGUGUAAUCUGCUUGACCAGGUAUAGUUUUUAUUGACUUUACUUCAACUUCUGAUAUAAGAUAGGUGGAUUUUAACUAAAAAUGCAUUACUGUGUGUGACUAUCAAUGAUAAUGUAGCUAAUUUUUAAAAUUUGCUUUCAGACGGCCAGUCCUUCGUCAAAUGUGUCUUACGAACAGAGUCGUACUACAAAUGGCACACACGACCAAGAGAAUCCUUAUCACUUCUAUGAAGACCAACGAUCCAAACUCCAGAAGCCAUCGUCGAACGUGCACAAGAGUGAUACCUACAUUAAGGUCGAAGGGUCGUACGGUAAUGGAAGUGUACCGUAUAUUGACGGUGAGUAUAUUUAUACUAAUCUAACCCAAAUUCAGAAUCCAAAUCACGACAAAAGAUCUGUCCAUCUAAAGUCAUAGACGAGGUCUACGCCGUACUGGACUGGAACGGUGGAACGAUAACGUGCCCGGAAUCUAGAGUGGAGUUGAUCCUCCCAGCCAUGGCUCUACCUAUAGGGAAGUCGCAGAAGUUGUUCAUAAAGGUGUUGGAGGAACAGUCCAAGGCUGACGAAGACCUCCUCAGUCCUACGGUAACUUGCGGCCCUCAGGGGCUGAAGUUCAAUCGGCCGGUCGAACUGCGUCUACCGUACAAACCAAGUCGAGACCCCAAGAACAACAACAUUGUGGAUGGGAUGAGUCAGUUCGUGCUGAAGACGGGCUCGGAGAACACCUGGAAGAACAUCGAACUUCUGGAGCCGCCGGUUCAAAACACUCAAAACAACUACAUCUCGGUGUUCACCGACCAUUUCUAG